AUGGCGGCGGGAGGCGUGAUUGGCGGCGGCGACGACGGCGGCGGCGGCGGCGGCGGCGAUCAACGGCGAGCGGUGGCGGCGGCGGCGACGGCGCCAGCGACGCAGCGGUGGCGCGACAGUGGCGGCCGGCGGCGGCCGGUGGCUCGGUGGUUGACGGUGGUCGCGCAAAGCAUGGGGACACAGGAGCUGCCAAAUGGAGGUCCGGGUCGGCACGGAUGUGCGGUCCGCCUCCCCCAGUUGCCGACGCCACCACUGACGGACGGCGCCCCCACCGCCCUCCUUCCCCCAUUUACUCUGCCUUUCCUCUUCAAAGCGGGAGUUUGCCUUCAAAUCUCCGUUCGCCCUAAUCUCUGCAGAAGCCUUCGCCCACAAGCAAAGAGUCGCCCUUUCGAGCACCGACCCGCGACUGCUUUACUGCGCCCGCUCGCUCCCUCCUUUCCCCAUGGCGGAGAGCAUAGACGACGGCGAGUUCUAUCUCCCUCCCCAGUUCCUCUCCGACGCCGACGACGACGACGACCUCCUCGUCUUCACGGAGCGGCGCUUCUCCGCCGCCACCGGCGGCAGGAGCCGGCGGCGGCGUUCCGCCCCCCCGAGCCGGCGCGGGGGCCCGGCCGGUCGUCGGAUCUCGGCUCCCCGGUGGAGUCGGUGGUGGGGUCGACGGAGGAGUGGAGCGACGAGGAGGUGCACAUCGCCGAUUUGACUCGGAAGGUCGCGCAGUCGACGCUCGAAGACGACUUCGAGUACUCCAAGGGUUUUUUCUUGUCGGGCUCCCCGAAAUCGACGCUGUGCGGGCUCCGGAGCGGCUGCGGCUGCGGCCAGGGCUCGAGCCGCGGCAGCCGCGGCCAGGGUUCGAGCCGCGGCAGCCCGAACGGCCCGUCGCAGCCCACGUCGCCUCCGGGCACGCUGAACCUCCUCCGCGAGGCCGCCGGCCGGGUGGCUCACCUGGGGAUCAACGACGAGGAGCUCUACGGCCUCACCCGCUUCCCGAAGCACCACAGCGUAUACGACGCCGCGCCCUACUCUUACCAGUCGAUCUCGCAGCCCCAGCCCUUUCGGCAGUUUCAGCACGUGAAGUCGAUGCCUCAAACCCCGUUCCAAGGCGUGAGGAACAACGAUUUCGCGGGCGUCGGGAACGGACGGUUCGUCGGCGCAGCGGCCCCCGCGUGGCCGACUCUGCAGCAGGCGCAUCGACAGUCGGAGCUCCGAAGCCACCACCACAACCACCACCUUCACGGGUUGGGUGCGAGGGCGGUGUUCCUCGGAUCUGCGGGUAUCAAGAGGGAAUCGGCGGGGACCGGCGUGUUCUUGCCUCGACGGGCAGGCCUUGAGCCCGAACCCCGCAAGAAGACAGGUUCGACGGUGUUGAUCCCUGCAAAGGUAGUGCAGGCCCUGAACCUGAACCUGAACCUGGACGACGCAGGAUCCCAGCCCCAGCUUCAGUCUCGUCCGAACGUCUGUUUCACGGCUGAGAGCGAUGGAGCGUGGAGAUUCAGAAGCAACCGGCCUCAUCACGUCCAACAGAGAGGCAAUCACCACCACCACCGGCGGUCACCGGCGACGAGCCAGGAGAUCCGGCUUCCUCAGGAGUGGACUUACUAACGACCGCAUCUCUGACCGACCGGCGCCGUCUCGAGCGGCGUCUUUCUCCAUAGGGUAUUAAAGAUGAAAGGUUUUAGGGUAUUACUACAGUUCUUUUAGCGGCGAAAGAAAGAUUUUAGUUUGGUUAACACCAUUGAAACAAGCGUCGAAGAAAACAGAGUUCUUUUUGUGAGGGGGGAUUAGGGUUUCGUUCCUAGGGAAGGAAGGAAGAAGAAACAGCAGGCAAGCAAUAAAUGUUGCAUCGAAGGGAAGCGAAUGACGCAGAAACCAAGCACGCAACGACACAAUCAUGGUCAGCUUUUUCCAUGUCUCGGGCUCGGACGACGAGGUUGCGGUGACUGGCCUUCUGCGUAAUAAGCGAUGUGCUUUUUAUUUUCUUUAUAGAUUUAGGGGAAAGGAGUGAAAGAUUUGUUUUUUAAUUUUUGUUUUUGAAGUUUUUGCUAUUUUUAUAUUUGUCGGAAUGGAGUGGAGAGAGGAUUGAAGUUUGGAAGUCGACCGUCGGUCCGUGUUUAGGGAAAAAAGAGGAAGUUUCAAUCCUCUGAUUUUUUCGCUGUGUUUUUUGUUUCUGGGAUUCCGUUCCAGACAGCCUGUCCACCCCCCCUCAUAUAUUCUAUAAUAAUAAUAAAAUAAAAUGAUAUGAAUGAUAAUUUGUUUUA